UCAUGAAGGCUACACUUGUAAUUCUAACCAGCUGUGUAGCUACAAGCUAGCCUCGCCGGUUCCUGCUGACAGUUACCUUACGGUCACGCCUGUUAACUUUCAUUAUUAAUUCGGUCAACUGCUCCGGAGCUGAAUGACAGUGACGGGACUGUCUAUGUGUCACUGUUGUGUAAAAAUUUCAUGCAGCUGAGGCGCCAAAAAUGAGAGAAGGAGUGUGUGUCGUGUGACUCAGCUCUUGUGUAGCCAUGGAGAAGCCCUGGAGGCUGUGGGGGGCAAUGGAGCGUUGUACCCUGACUCUGGCCUCCUGGUCUUGGGGUGCUUGUCGAGUCUCCCUUCUGGCCCUCAUCCUCACCUUCCAUCUGUAUGGAGGAUUCUUUCUCCUAGCUCUCAUCCUAGCCUCCGUGGCAGGUAUUCUCUACAAAUUUCAGGAUGUGCUCCUCUACUUCCCGGACCAGCCCUCGUCCUCUCGCCUUUAUGUUCCCAUGCCAACAGGAAUCCCACAUGAGAAUGUUUACAUUCGAACCAAGGACGGUGUGAAGCUUAACCUCAUCCUGCUCCGCUACACAGGAGGGGACACGCCUCCUGGAGUCACCCCUGGUAAUCAAAGCAGCCCCACUUCCUCUGCUCCACCUACUAUCCUUUAUUUCCAUGGCAACGCAGGUAAUAUUGGUCACAGGGUGCCAAAUGCCCUGCUGAUGCUGGUCAAUCUGAAAGCCAACGUGGUUCUGGUGGACUACCGUGGCUAUGGAAAGAGUGAGGGUGAGCCCAGUGAGGAUGGGCUGUACCUGGAUGCCGAGGCCACGCUGGACUACGUCAUGACACGUCCUGAUCUGGACAAGACAAAAGUGGUACUGUUUGGCCGCUCACUGGGGGGCGCUGUGGCUGUACGCUUGGCAUCUGUCAACCCUCACCGCGUAGCAGCUAUUAUUGUUGAAAACACCUUCCUCAGCAUUCCCCACAUGGCGGCGACACUCUUCUCAUUCAUGCCUAUGCGCCUGCUGCCCUUGUGGUGCUACAGGAAUCAGUUCCUGUCCUAUCGGCAGGUAGCCCUGUGCCGCAUGCCCUCACUGUUUGUAUCCGGCCUGUCGGACCAGCUCAUCCCACCCGUCAUGAUGAAACAGCUGUACGAGCUGUCUCCUGCGCGGACUAAACGUCUGGCUAUCUUUCCAGAGGGGACACACAACGACACGUGGCAGUGUCAGGGCUACUUCGCUGCUUUGGAGCAAUUCAUGAAAGACCUGCUGAAGAGCCAUGCCCAUGAGGAGAGUGCUCAGCCCUCAGCUAGUGUCACCAUUAUUUGAAGAAAAUUAAAAAAAAAUAAAAAAGCCAGGGACUGACUACGGGUAAUGGGCUGGAAGAAGUGAAGGCUGUCACUGAAAUUGAUUGGAUGGACUUCACUGAUUUUUGGAAAGAAUGUAAAUUUUUUUUAUGCUUUUGUCUGGGUUAUUUCACUCUUUUUACCUUUCUGUAAAUGUAACAUAUUUGCUAAGAUGAUUUGACUAUUUCAAGGUUUUAAGAAGCUGAUAAUGCCAUUGUGGAUUCCUUUUGUGUUGCAGCUAUGAAUGCAUGUAUUUAUGACCUUUUUAUGAAUGAAGCCAGAGCAUACAUACACACACUGCAAGACCUGUUCAUCCACACAAUAGUUUGUUGUGAUGGGUCUACUGAAAUUCAUGAAAAAUCACUCAAACAAUUGCUCUCAGUAUAAUGACCAUACAAGGACCUACAAUGUUUCAGUGAAAACCAAUUACUACUGGAAUUAAAAAGACACAUCUGAUACACAAAAUGAGACACUGAUCAUAUGUAGGCCUAUUCUGUAAAUAAUAUACAUCCCUAUUAAUCCACUGCACUGUUUUGUUCAGAUUUACACAAGUGUUGAGUUAUGUAGGCUAACAUCUUCUGAGCAAUACUUUGAGAGGCAUAAGGAUGUUUUGUGUCUCUCCCCGUUUGGUGAGGAACAUUGAUAUUUAAAGUACUUGCAGCAGCUUUGCAUAACAUGUCAUUGUAGUGAUCAAUAUUUAUAUAUACCUUUUGAAAUUGUUUGUCUGGCACAAUGGUAUAAAUAAAAACUGUUGAAUAAUUA